AGACUUCUUGGACGUGUCUUGGACAAUCUGUGGUUGUACAGGCCUAUUCUUGGCUAUUUGGCUGAUAUAUUUGUCUUGUUAUCUGUUUUCAUGGACUCAAUCAUGAAACCAUUAGCACCACAACUACGAGACAUCAGUGUGAUAAGAGGACAGGCCAUAACUUUCAGGUGGGACGCAAACUGUAAAGUAGACGGCACAUGGAAGAAGGAGGGUCUGAUGUUGCACAGUGAUGACAGGAUCAUUAUCACAGAACCAAAACCGUAUCUAUGCUUCAACCUGACGAUCCAUAAUGCCACAGAAGAGGAUGAGGGUGAAUACAGCUUAGAGUUGUCUAACUGGCGUGGUCAGGUGUCAGGUUCUGCAAAGGUCAAAGUACUGGAUUAUGCUGUGGCCUGGAGAAAAAUUGACUGUGGAGAAAAUGACUUAGUGAAAACGGCCCUGAGGAAGUUUACACCCAGCAACACAGAAACACAAUGCAUUCGCUUCCUGAUACAUGGGCCAAUUGGAGCAGGGAAAUCCAGCAUUAUCAACUCCAUCAAAACUGUCUUCCAGGGCCGCAUGAAAGUGAACGCUUAUGCAGCCCCAGGCACUGAAACAACUCAAACCAAAACUUACCAAACGUACGAGAUUAAGGACCAGCAGGGGGAAAAGUUGUCUUUUGUCUUCAAUGACAUCAUGGGACUGGAGAGUACAGAAACAGGCGGGGUGCUGAUUGCUGACAUCAUCAGUGCCUUAAAAGGUCAUAUCGUAGAUGGCUAUGUGUUCAACCAAUCGUCUGCUUUGUCUGAGGGGUUCUACUACAACAACAACCCCACUCUAAAUGAGAAGGUCCACUGCCUGGUGAGUGCGAUGCCUGCAAACAAAAUCCUUCUGCUGGAUGAAUCGAAUAGCAUCAUCAAGAAGAUGAAUGAAGUCAGAGAAGUUGCCAAGAACCUGGGAAUCCCCCAUGUAGUCUUGAUGACCCAUGUGGACAGCUGUUGUCCUUUGGUGAAGGAGGACCUGGACAAAAUCUACGUCAGCAAGAAAAUUAAGAUAGCAAUGGAGAACUGUAGUAUCAAGCUUGGUGUUCCCAUGAACCGUAUCUUCCCGGUGAAGAACUACCAUGAAGAGAACAGCUUGGACAAGAAAAUUGACUGUUUGAUCCUGGAUGCCCUACAAAAUAUUGUCGACUUUGCCAAUGAGUAUGUGAUUAAACUGAUUGAAUAGAGAUAGAGGAUAAGGGAGUUAUUUCAUGCUUUCUUCUAGAUAAGCAGAACUGCACACAACUUUUCUUAUCACUCAGCCUUGGAUAGCGCUGUAAACUUGUUUUGCUUUUAAUUCGUAUACACAAGUGUUGAACUGUUAGACAGUUGACUGAUCCUACUAUAAAAUGUGGGAUAGACUAGCAAGUCAGGUGGCAUGUUGCAGCAUUCAUGUCUGCAGCAUAUUCCUUGGUUGGGACUCUUAUUCUCCCAUGUUUUGUUUUCCUGUUGCUUGUGUUACUUCCUGUUAAGCCAUAUGUUUACUUCCUGGUUAACAUGUGAUUAAUGUUCUGUGUACUACAUACGGGAUACUUGUGGUGGAAAAGAUGUGAAUGAAAACUCAAUAAUCUGUGUGUGAAGAAAAUCAACAAUCAGUAUAACUACCAUAUACUCCUUAAAAUGAUUUACACUACUGACAUUUCUUAGAUUAUGUGUACUCUAUGUUUAAAUGUGUAUCAAGUUUAACAAACAUACUGAUGUGUGAAAUGUAUUAAGAGGUGUAUCAGGGGAACUAUCCACACGCUGGUUGAACCACCCCACUGUCUCCCAGAGGCGAGUAAUUCUUUACCUGGAAUCAUGCCGUUUCUCCCCCAUGGGCUACUCUAGAUACCAGGAGCUAUUCAGUUUCCAGGCCCAACUAAAAAAUGACACAUGAUCCAUGGGGAAAGGCCAAGGAAGAUUGAGUGAGACAAGAGGGUUCAUCAGGUGUAUAAGAAGGGAAUGCAAAACUAUGUAAAAUCAGUAUAGUCUCGAGACCUGCUAAGGUUUAUGCUGGUGGUAGUGGAAAAAUAAAAAAAAUUUG